AUGCCUCGCAGCACUGUACAUUUCGAUUUACAAUCCACAAGCUCUAUGAAUUUACCUUUGACGGUUGCCUCAAAAUCAUCAACACGUACGAAGAAUGACCAAAAGUGGGAUGCUUAUAAGCAUGAUAUCUACCGCUUUUACGUAGAGGAGGACAAGACUCUAGAUGCAACCAUACAGAUGAUUGAAGCAAAUAGUGGCUUCAAAGCAAGCUCAAGAAAGUGGAAGAUGAAGCUGAAGGAAUGGAGAUUCGAGAAGAACUUAUCCAAGCACGACAUGGAAUUAAUCAUCGCCAAAGCUCUCAAAAGAUCGAGGGAAGAGAGCAAGGAUACAGUAUUCUUUCACUGA